GACUGCGGCCGCUCUCCACACGAGCGGAGACUCCCAAGUGAUACAUAAUUACAUAAUAAUAACUACCUCAGCCUACUCUCGCUCGCUCUCUUUUUCGCUCGUUCGUUUUCUCAAAGUUCGGAGUCGCCAUCAUCUCAGAUCGAUACCUCGCGCGCCGAGAACCCUAGAUCCUUCCCUCCGAUCACAUGGCGGCGAAGAAGCACGGCGACCGCCCGGUGCUCGAGUCCGUGUACUCCGUCAUCGCCCUCGUGUUCGUGCUGGUCGCCUGCGCGGAGCUCUGCGGCGCCGCCACCGUUGUCGACGUCUACCGUCUCAUCCAGUACGACAUCUCCGGCGUCCCCUUCGGAUCUCGCCUCGCCGGGCUCAACCACCACGCCUUGUCUCUUCACUUCCCUCCCGGCGCGGAUCUCUCCCGCGCUGUGCUCGUCAUCCCCGUUCGCGACUUGAAUCUCAGCUACGUGAAAGAUUACUUAUCUGAAAGACAGCCAUUGGGUGGUCUGCUAUUUCUGCUUCCUCAAAUAUUCAAUUUUGAGAGUAAGGAAAGCAGUGGAGAUGGAGAAGAGCUGUUCAAGAACAUAGUGAUGGAACUUGAACAGUUGCUUAUACAUACCAACAUACCUUAUCCUGUUUAUUUUGCUUUUGAGAAUGAUGAUAUCAAUACUGUUUUGGCUGAUAUAAAGAGAAAUGAUGUCAGUGGACAGCCGGCUACUGCGACAACAGGCGGAUAUAAGCUUGUGGUCUCAACAACUGAACCUAAGAAAGUUGCAUCUCCCGUCAUGUCGAAUAUUCAGGGAUGGUUGCCAGGGCUGAAAGCUGAUGGGGAUCCAAAUCAACUCCCAACCAUUGCCAUAGUGGCAUCUUAUGAUACAUUUGGGGCUGCUCCUGCAUUAUCAGUGGGGACCGAUAGCAAUGGAAGUGGUGUUGUGGCACUUCUUGAGAUUGCUAGGUUAUUUUCUCUUUUGUAUUCCAACCCCAAAACAAGGGGAAGGUACAAUUUACUCUUUGGACUUACGUCCGGUGGACCUUAUAACUACAAUGGAACACAUAAGUGGCUUCGGAGUUUCGAUCAACGUUUAAGGGAGACCAUUGACUAUGCUAUUUGCUUGAAUAGUAUUGGCUCAUGGAACAAUGAACUAUGGAUUCACGUGUCAAAACCCCCAGAAAAUGCCUACAUAAAGCAGGCAUUUGAGGGCUUAUCAAAUGUCGGAGAAGAGUUGGGCAUUAAAGUUGGUCUAAAACACAAGAAGAUAAAUAUAUCUAAUUCUCGAGUAGCUUGGGAGCAUGAACAAUUUUCGAGACACAGAAUCACUGCUGCCACCCUUUCUGAAAUUUCGACUGCUCCUGGAUUGUUUGAAAAUACCGGCAGUUUAGCAGAUAGCAGGAAUUUUGUAAAUGAAGAUGCUGUUAUCAAGAGUGUUAAAUUAAUUGCUGAAAGUCUAGCGAGGCAUAUAUACGGCCACCGGGGGAAGAACAUUCAGAUCUUUGCGGAUGAGGGUAGUUUAGCUGUCAAUCCUUCUUACAUACGAUCCUGGUUAGAUCUUUUAUCACGUACCGCUCGUGUAGCACCAUUCCUCUCAAAGAAUGAUCCAUUCGUAAUGGCUUUGAAAAAGGAAUUGGAAGAGCAUACUGAAGAAGUAAUCUUGCAGAAUGAGGUGCUUGAUGGGAUUUUCACGUUCUACGAUUCUACAAAAGCUACACUUAACAUAUAUCAGGUUGCUAGUGUAACAUUUGAUUUGCUAUUGCUUCUGGUUUUGGGAUCAUAUCUGAUCGUGCUCUUCAGUUUUCUCGUCAUUACAACUAGGGGUCUUGAUGAUCUUAUCAGUUUGUUUCGGCGACCUCCCUCUCGCAAGGUCAAAACAGCUUGAGGAAUGUUGUGGAUCACGAAGCAGCCUCCAGUUCUGUUAUUUUAACCCUAAGCACUUCGUCUUGCAGCUUGACUGAUAAUCUAUUGGUGCUUCUUUCCAUGUAAUUGUUGGU